AUGGCGUCUGCUUUGUUUGCUGGUCAGAAUGAAUCUAGCUGGGUCCGCAUGGGGAAGAAGAUUUCGAGUUCCAAUUCUCGACUAAAUGCAAACCCUAACCCUAAUUCGAACCCGAAGAAAAAGCAAAAGCAAUUCCACCAUGUUGCCACCAACGGAGGUUCCGCCGGACGUUAUAAUGAUGAUUCCCCCGUCGUCACGCAAACUGCCUCCGACGAUGCUUACUCCUUCAACCAGACCUCGACAAGCCGUAGCGGAUUCAAUCAUGGCGAAUAUUUGACCUACAAUAUCUCAUCGUGCUCAAAAUCCGAAAUACUCGAGCUCCGCAGACGCUUGGCUGUGGAGCUUGAACAGAUCCGAGAGUUCCGUUCCCAAAUAGAUUCGGGUCAAUUCAACAUCAACAAUCAUUCAAGAUCUAGUGGGAAAUCAAAGAAAUUGCCAGGCAACAAGCGGCCUGGAGCUUCGUUCGUAUCUAAUAAGGAUCCUAAGGUGCUGUCCAGUAGAUUAGAUAAUGGAAAUUUUGGUUUGGAGCCUGUGAUUAAUUACCAGGAUAUGUUGAAACAAUGCAAGCAGAUUUUGACUAAAUUGAUGAAACGCAAGAAUGGAUGGCUUUUCAAUACACCUGUUGAUGCAGCGGGCUGGGGGCUUCUUGAUUAUCAUCAGAUUGUGAAGCAGCCUAUGGAUCUCGGGACGACCGAUCAGGUCCAUGGUCUGGCGGAGCAGCUAUUAGCGCGAUUUGAGGAAUUGUUUAGGCCGAUUCAAGAAAAGAUUGACCGUUUUUACAUGCUAAGUAGAGAGGGAGAAUUCCAAGCAUUUCGGGCUAAUGAUGAAGUGCAAUUUCCGGUUAAUGAAGAAUUGCAAGGCAGUUCUUGGAAUAAUAAUAAUCAGAUUAUUGCAUCCCCUGGUAUGGGGGGAAAAAAACCGAGGACAGGUCCGGUUCCAAUUCCUCAAAUGCUAAAGAAACCUGAGACAGCACCAAUGCAUACACAUUCCAGCUCUUCGACGCCUUCCUAUCAUACUCCUCAGCCAAUGGAUCAACCAAUUCGAGUGGAAACCCCUUCUCCUGUGAUAGAUCCCCCGCCAGUAAUGGAACAGAAAGUGGGAAGUGGGCCAACAGUGAAGCAGCCAAAGCCCAGGGCGAAGGAUCUAAAUAAGAGGGAUAUGAGUAUGGAAGAAAAGCAUAAGCUUGGGCUUGGGUUGCAGAGUUUACCUCAAGAGAAAAUGCCACAAUUGGUUCAGAUUAUUAGGAAGAGGAAUGAACAUUUGGCGCAAGAAGGCGAUGAAAUUGAGCUCGAUAUUGAAGCCCUUGAUACUGAGACUCUUUGGGAACUUGAUCGGUUCGUGACUAACUGGAAGAAGAUGGUGAGCAAGACAAAGCGGCAAGCUUUAAUGACGAACAACAAUUUACCUGCCGCAACGACUUCUUCCAUUGCUGAGGCUGAUGCGAUUGCAAUGGGCGAGGGGAAUGAUUUGGAAAAUAGGCCUAAAAAGAACGAGGAUGAGGAUGUGGACAUUGACGAUGAUAUGCCUGCUACACACUUUCCUCCCGUGGAGAUUGAGAAGGAUGAAGGAGGUGGAGAAGUUGGUCAUGAUCAAGACCGUGAUUAUGGUAAUGCCUCUAGUGGCUCGAGCAGUUCCAGCAGCUCAAGUAGCAGUUCCUCAUCUUCCAGUGAUUCUGAUUCUGGGAGUUCCUCUGGUAGUGACUCUGAUGCAGAUGAUGUGCAGUCCUGA